AUGGGCGCUAGUUGGAGUCAAUCAGGCUCUUGGCAGGAAGCAGUCACGAAGGAGCCAGGACUGUAUUAUUUCAACAUUAGACUGUGUGAUUUAGCCUGCGAUAAUGCGUCACAAUUAGCAAACGAGGUUAACAGUUCAAAUUUCGGACAGGAUGAGGUCCGAGAUGCGGUUCGGGGAUUUGAGGCAUGGCAGAAGGCGCAGGAGGACUUGAAGGGAUCCUUGUCAGUCCAGCGCUCUGCCCCCUCUACGGGCCCACUACUGGACCGCGUCGGCGGUCCCGAUGCCGUUAAGAGGAUGGUAGAGAUCUUUUGCCGCAAGCUGUAUGAUGAUGAACAGCUGUCUGUCUACCUGGAGCGCACCGAUAUGACGUCACUGAGAGCAAAGCAGUCCACCUUCCUGACCUGGUUGCUCGGACCCCGGGACAGACCCAACCCCAGCGCCCACGUGCGGACCGCCCACCUGCGGCUGAUCAAGCAGCGGGGCUUCGGCACCGAGCACUUCGAAUUGGGACUGACACAUUUCGAGGCGGCGCUGCGGGAAUACGGACUGAGCGAAGCGCUGGUGAAGGAGGUUAUGGUGAAGAUCCGGCCGUACAAGGUGGGCGAGGGAGGGAACCUAUCACAGCAGCUCGGGAAACCGCCGCUGCGGGGCCCUGGGCUGUGUGUGUGUUUGUGUGUGUGGGGGGGGGGCGGGGGGAGGGGAUGCAAUCGUGAGAGGAGAGGGAGUAAACCAUAA